ACAGAAAGUACAAUAUACCCUUGCAACGUGAUAUAAACAUGGUUUUCUUGUCUCGUCAAGUGUACGGUAGACUUCAUCGUCUCAGGAAAAUGCAUGAAGGAAUUACGCAUCCAGAUCGAACCAACAAAAAGAACUUUAUUUUCAGAAUGACAUGGCAUUUCUAUGGCAGAAGAAGGAACUGUUACACUAUAGCCAUUAGAGCAGCCCAGAAAAUGUUACAAAGAGCUUCCAAGAACCGACAUCAAAAGAAAAUAAAUAUGAAAGCUCUGUGGGUCCAGCGUAUUACAGCAGCAUUACAAGAACACCAAUUUGAAUAUACUCCAUUCAUGUCAGUCUUAUCCGAGGCAGAUGUCCAAUUAAACAGAAAAGUCUUACACGACAUAUGUAUAUAUGAACCAAGGACUUUUCAGAGUCUGGUGGAGUUUGCUAAACAGAGAUACAACGAGAUGGGAUUAUACGACGCAGUGGCUCCAGUUCCACCAGGAAUCAUGACUAGAUCCAUGUUUGAAAAAGGAGAAAAAAUAAAAGCUAAACGAGAAAUAAAGCGACAAAAACUAGGACAGAAAAUCUUGAAGUAAUGACUUUUUUCACUCAGGAGUUGGUACAAGAAGGGAUUAUUUACUGGCAGUGCAUUGCCAGAUUGGUGUGUUCUAUACAUUUGGAGCUGACAAGAACACUAUAUAUAAAGUCAGAAAUGACUGUAGUUUGUGAGACUUAAGUACAGCUUCCAAUAUUCAGCAUUUGAAAAGAAAUUAUAAAAUGGCUGACAACAAUUUCUAUGUUUGCUUGUCCUUUUCCGUGUACCUGGAAAUUCCUAGGGCUGAUAUUUCAGGUGCUUGUUGAAAUGUUACAUGUUUGACAGUGCAGAUAAUACAGUGAGCUAACUUUUCGUGUGUGAAAGUAUUUGAGAAUGUGAAAUAUUUUCUUUGACAAAUAUGUAUGUAUGCUUGUUUGUUUUUGUAUAUUAUACAUGGUUGAUAAAAAUUUCUUAGCAUUAAAAAGUCAAAUACAGUU